GGCGUCAUCCGCACACAACCAGUGAGAGCGGAGCGCGCGCAGAAUUGACGGGCGUUGGAGCAGCUCUGACCGUCGGGAGGACUGGAGCUCGCCAUGGAUAAACAAGAUGAGCUUUUAAAAGAGGCUGAGAAAUUGGCAAAACGUAUGUCUUCGUACCAACAUGAUCUCGCUCCAGCAAUCACCAGUAACAUAGUGUGUUCUGCAGAUGCCAGAGAAGAACUCUUAGAUGAAUGUGAGGAGAUAUGGAGACAGAUGGAAGAGUGUCAGAGCAAGUUAACACUGCUAGGAACAGAAAUACUUCCAGAAUCUGAUGCUCAGCUUUCAUUGUUAAUGAUGCGAGUGAAGGCUCUAACAGCAGAGUAUAAUCAGUGGCAGAAACGAAGUCCUGAGAUAAUCUCUACCAAUCCAGAUGUUCUGGUAACAUUAGGAAAGGAGGAGUUGCAGAAAGUAGACCAUGAUCUUGAAAUGGUUCUGUCUACAGUUCAGUCAAAGACUAGAAAGCUGAAGGAAGACAUGAAAAGAGAACAGCAGUGGUUGGAUGAGCAGCAACAACUGGUAGAUGCUCUUGAUGUAACACAUGAAGAAAUGAAAAAUCAGGUGGUACAGUUUUCUGAAAAAAGAGCAUUUCAGGAAUUGAAAAGUAAAAUGAUGAAAAUAAGGGCAUAUAAAGAAGAGCUCUUGAGUGCUUUGGGGGAGUUUCUAGAAGAACAUUUUCCUCUCCCAGAGGAAGAUGAAAAUGCUAAAAAGAAGAAAAAAAUUCCCGUGGAAGAGCGAACUGUACAACUGGUAACAUUACAUGAAAUUUUAGAGCGUCUAAUAAACAAAUUAAUGAAUACACCACAUGAACCAUAUUUGACAAUCAGUGACUCGUUCUGGCCACCUUAUGUUGAACUGCUGCUGCGAUAUGGAAUUGCACUGAGACAUCCAGAGGAUCCAAAUAGAAUACGCUUAGAAGCCUUUCAUCAGUAAAGACAGCUUUGUGACUAUUUAAAAAAAUGAAUGUGUUGAAGUAAUACUCAUACUUUAAAAAUGUGUGUAUAAGUCUUUGGGUGUUAAUUUCUUCUGCUUGGACAGAGAGUGUGUUUUGAUAAACCAUACCUGUUUUAAGUUCAGUUACUUAUGAAUCUUGUGAAAUGACAAAACUUCCUUUUAACUUCAAAUGAUAGCCUUUCAUCCCAUAGUUGUUGACUUUGAUAGUAAUUACUAUACUGUAAAAUUAGGUAGUGCUUGUGUUCUUGAAAACUUUCAGACUGCUUAGAUCAUAUUCAAAUUCAAGUUAAAAGACUAUUGUACACAGACAAAAUUAUUAAAUUUGUUUUUUGUUGAUUAAUUUUUAAAAAAUGCUGGCCGUAUGACA